AUGCUGAACGUUGGCAUCAAGGAACGUUUGGCUGGUAAAAGGCGAGGGAGUUCGAUGACACCGUUAGGACGCCACAAAAAUGAUAACCAUGAUGGAAACGAGUUUGAAGUAAAAUGUACGAUAUUAGCGCACGAGAAAGAAAUAUCUGCUAGGAAGGCAUUGGAAGCAUUCUGGAUUUCUGUCAGGAAUCCGUCCGUGAAUAACAAAAAUGAAUGCUUAUCAAUUACCAAUGACUUUUUGCCACACCAGUACUUAAGGAUACUGCACAUUCGCCUUGGUGACAAUCUUAAAGAACGCGGUGGUUCACCGGUCCCGCUAGACGGUGACACUGGUCAGUUUGUUUUCCUUUUGGAGGUGGGUGUUCACAUUGCUGACGUAACUCAUUUCGUACGAGCGGAUACUGAAAUUGAUGAAGAAGCAGCAAGCAGAGGGACUACCGUUUAUCUUUGUGACAGACGUAUCGAUAUGUUGCCAGCUUUGCUCAGUAGCAAUCUGUGUUCGUUGCGAGGAGGCGAGGAACGAUAUGCAUUCUCAGUUAUAUGGACAAUGACUCCUGAUGCCGAAAUUUUGGACACGAAAUACCAUAAGUCGCUGAUUUGCUCAAAGGCAGCCUUAACGUAUGAGAAGGCACAAGAGUUUAUAGAUGACCCAAACCUGAAUGAUGACGUUACAGUCGGUUUACGAGGGCUAAUGAAGUUAUCGAAGAUUCUGAAUGCGAGACGAAUUGCUAACGGUGCACUUACCUUGGCUUCUUCUGAGAUCCGCUUCGAAAUGGACUGGGAUACGCGCUCGCCUAAAUCGGUUCAAGAAAAGAGACAUUUGGACACUCAUUCUAUGGUGGAAGAGUUCAUGUUACUGGCGAAUGUUUCCGUUGCAGAAAAGAUUCUCACCGAGUAUCCCGAUUGUGCUAUGCUCCGACGACACCCUGUUCCGACGGAGGCUAGCUACAAGCCCUUGGUGGAAGCAGCAAAACAGCGAGGAUUUAGUAUAAAUGUAUCCAGCGGUAAAGCACUAGCCGACAGUCUGGAUCGAUGCGUGGAUCGAGAAAAUCCAAUGAUGAAUAGGUUGUUAAGAAUGUUGACAACGAGAUGCAUGACUCAAGCAGUAUAUUUCAGUGCCGGCACCGUACCAGUUCAACAGUAUCAACAUUUUGGUCUUGCCACCCCGGUUUAUACGCAUUUCACAUCACCAAUUCGACGAUACGCUGAUGUUGUUGUUCAUAGACUUUUAGCUGCGUGUAUAGGUGCAGAUGACGUUUAUGCGGGAUUACUUAGUCAAGCGAAGGUGCAAAAAAUUUCACAGAAUAUCAACUAUAGACAUAAGAACGCGCAGUAUGCUGGUCGAGCAUCGGUGCAACUGAAUGUGUUGACAUAUUUUCAAGGACGUGAAGAACUUUGUGAAGGAUUUGUUAUGGGAGUGCGGGCUAAUGGCAUACAGGUAUUUGUUCCCAAGUACGGUCUAGAGUCGAUGAUAGUCCUGAAACAAGGCAAAGGCACCACUAUUGACGUAGAAGAGUCUUGCGUACGACAUGGUGAAGAUGUUAUUCACGAACUUGAUCGAGUAAAAGUUCGUGUACGACUGGAUGACAGCAAUGUUCAACGUCGCCGAAUAUCAUUGGAUCUCAUAGAACCAUCAACACUUCCAGGCUUGUCUGUAGAUUUUGACCUAUCUGAAUCAAUAGGUGUAGGAACUUAA